AACAACAACAGCAGCAGCAGCAGCGAGAUCAGCAACAAGUUACUGAUCCUAAUAGUAGUAAUAAUAGCUGUGACGAUCAAAGUCAGGAAUCAAAUGAUAGUGGUAAAGGAAGCUGUUUGCUUGAAACAACAACAAUUGAUCCAUCAUCAACAUCAGCUACUACAGUGCCUAUUAAUGAUAAAAUUACAGAAGCUAUGGCUGCUGCAGAAAAUUCUUGGUAUCCAUCAACAACAACAAUCAAUGAUAAUGUUGCAUAUCCUCCGAUGCCAUCAAUAUUUGAUACUAUACCGAUGGAUAGUCAACAUUGUAUACAAUAUAAUUUCCGUAUACCGACUGAUCUUUGUGGAUUUCUUAUUGGCCGUAAAGGAAGAUUUAUAAAUCCAAUUAAAUUGUCGACAAAUACGCAGAUUAUUAUUGAGCCUUAUAAUGGAACGACAAAUAUUUGUACCAUCUAUGGUCCCAGACCUAAUGUUUUUCAGGCAUUAAAUUUGAUUAAAACUCGUUUCCCCGUGGAAACUUAUCCAAAUGUGGAUUAUAAUCAUUUUCCAAUCACACCAACAGUGGCAUUAACAGCUUCUUGUCAGCUAUCACUACCGGUCGGUGUAAUGACCGAAGUAGUAUUAUCCUGUACAAUUGAUGCUAGCCAUUUUUAUCUACAACAACCAACACAUCCAUCAUAUCCAAUGUUGAGUACUAUGGAUCAUGAAAUGAAAGAAAAUUAUUCAAAUGGUGAUACACCACCCAUUCCACAAGUGAAAGAAGGUCUUGUUUGUGCUGCACCUACAGCUGAAGGAUGGUAUCGUGCAUCGGUUAAAUAUGUUCAUGAAUCUAGACAAGAAUGUGAUCUAACUUUUAUUGAUUAUGGUGGUGAAGCAUUGAAUGUACCGGUUGAUACAUUACGUGCUAUACAUUGUCAUUUUUUACGUUUACCAUUUCAAGCAUCAGAAUGUCGUUUAUCACGUGUGAUACCAAUAGAUGUAGAAACAGGUUGGACAGCACAAGCGAAUGCAUGUUUUGAAGAAUUAGCUAAAGGACAAGUGAUUUAUGCAUUUAUUGAAAAUUUCGAUGAAACAGGUAUACCAUGUGUUAAUCUAUAUAAAAACGGUGAAAAUAAAACGUGGAUUGAUAUUGCUGAUGAAUUGGUCAAUCGUGGCCAUGCUCAAUACAUUAUCAAUACACCAUCAUCGACAACGAUGACGACAACAAUUAACAAAACACCAUCUUCAUCAAAUUUAGCAUCACAUUCAUCAAUGCAACAACCAUAUUGGCCAUCAUCUGGUCAUUAAAAAUCUGGUCUCUUUUUGUGGUCGUCAAAAAAUGAUUG